UACAAAGGGCGAAGAGGAACUGCAUGUGUUAUUCUGCCUUGUAUUGUAUCCUGUCUAUAUACAUAUGCGCUCUGCCGUGCAAUAUAUUAUUAUAUUGUACAGGCAUACGUGUUUUGCCGUGUAUUAUAUACCGGUAUGAUAGCGUUGAUACAUGCAGAUAGGCCUAAUCCAUUAAAUUCUUGUCUACCAAUUAAGCCAGAGCAUCAGACGAUCAUCAUCGGAUAAUAUAGGAUUAAUCUCUCGAAAGGAACAUGGACCAAUUCGUUAUCAUAUCAUGAACCUAUUGGCUAUUACAGGCAUGCCCACGUCUAAGGAUACACUUUCAUCAUGACUAAAACAAACGAUGAUAUCGAGUUGGAUCUUUCAGAUGACCCAAUUUCUGAAGAUGAUGAAAGACUUUUGAAGGUGAUUAUCGUCGGGGACACAUCGGUCGGGAAAACUAUGUUGAGUGACCGGUAUAUCCAUGGCAAGUUUGGUAUUGGUCAACCUACUAUUGGUGCUGAAUUUGCUCUGAAACACGUGACUUCUCGGGAUAUGAAGGUGAAGCUCCAGUUAUGGUCCAUUUCAGGCUGUGAGAGAGUAAGAAAAAUGACAAGUUUAUACUACAAGAACGCAUCGGCUUGUGUCAUCUUAUUCGACAUCACGCAUCGUAGGACGUUCGAAAAUGUCGCUGUUUGGAAAGAUGAUAUCGACAGUAAAACUUCGUUAUCAAAUGGAAAACCUAUCCCGUGUCUUCUUCUUGCAAAUAAGACCGAUAAGCCAGAGCACGAUAUAACAGAUGAGGAGAUCGAAGAAUUAUGUAUGAAAUACAAUUUCAUUGGAUGGAGGAAGAUUUCGGUCAGAGAAAAUACAAACAUAGAAGAAUCCAUGAACUUCCUGGUCGAGGAGACUCUAUUGCAUCUUCCUAUGUGACAAAGUGCUUUCAUCUGGAUGCCAUCUUUAGCAUCCAAUGGAAUAUGUCAUACAAGAAACUGUACUUAUUAUUUUAUAUUGUAAUGCAUGAAUUCAACCUCCAUUGUCAAGGUUGCAUGUGCUGUUCUUCAUUAAAAUUUGUAAUAAUAGCAUGUCCUGCUUCAAUUUCAACUACCAUGGCAACAGUGAAAAUUCUGCGAUUUGAUUGGGUCUUUCAAUAAAAUGUGAUAUUCCAGGAAGAGUUGCUAUCAUUAUAGCAACUCUUAAUGAAACAGGGUACAGCAGAUUUUUUACCCCUUGGAAUCUAGCAACAUCAAUGGCAUAAUUUGCAAUAUCUUAAACAUUUUUGUUUGAAAUACCUUAACAUACGAGACCUGGAAAUGGACGCUCUGGCAAGGACCCCUUUUUGUUCAGUGUUCCUGCAAACGUUCCUUGCUCAUAGUAUAGUGUACAAUGAAAAAGCAAAAUGAGACGGAGGAGGAUAUCUAGUAGAAUUAGUUGCUAUUGAAAAUUCACUAUAUUUUAUAAAAUGAUCAAUAACAUUUACAUUCAUAAUCAUAUUUUUAUAUAAUAUAUGACAGAAUAUUUAAAAUAUUAUUGUAAAUAAAUAACUUUAUAUAUAGAAUAUGAACUACUUAUUAUAACUGAAUCACAUAUAGUUUUUAUUAGUUUUAACGUUGUUUUAAUGAACUGUAUUGAAUUGAAUUUCAGAGGUCGUAUUUGUAUGUUCUGUAUCAGUGUGUGUCAAGUCUCUGUGACUAUUCAUCCACCAUUUGUUACUUGUUAACAUACAUAUAUUUUAUACAUUAAUAUAGUAAUGUCUAAAUUUGGCCCUGGUUAGGUGUAAAACAAAAUUGGGGGUUGGCAGAAUCAUAUUUUCCAGGAUCUUAUCAUUGUGUUAUGUCAAGCACCCUUUAUCCCCGCGCCCCCCAUCGAUUAUGGCCAACACCCAUCUCUAAUGUGGUUAACAAAGUUCCCCAAAUCGUUUUAAGCCAGACAACUAGAAAUAAGUGACGGUAACCUAUAAUGCUUUAUAAACAAUUAUGUGGAGCCUACGUAAUAUAUUAUGAUUUAGUUGCAUUUAUCACUUAUUUAUUUAUUCAUAAUGGUGUGCUCCGUCGUCAUACAAUGUUCAACUAUUUACAUGAUUUUUUCUUGUUAUGUUAUCAUUCCCUUGGAACUGGGGACAGAAGGCAAAUGACAUAUUUUUCUGCCCCGGCGCGCCAGAAUGAACCCAAAGUGCGCCAAAACCCAUUAUUCACACAUUUGUACGAUUAAAAUUGGUAGAUAGGAGUAAUUUCACCCAUAGAAUUCAAUAAAAGUAUUUUCAAAUAUU